UGGAAAGUUCAUCGCCUCAUGUUCUUCUCGCCACAGCUAUGGUUUUAGUUCGUGAUAAUUCUGGCUCAUACAAGUUAGGAAGAGCUCUAUUGGAUUCUUGUUCACAACUAAAUUUCGUCACCGAUGAGUUUGCUCAGCGUUUAAACCUACAACGAGUGAAAAAAUCCGUCGAAGUGUCCAGCAUUGGAAAUUCCAGCACGAAAGUCAAGCAUAACUGUUCUACAAACAUAAAAUCUCGCAUUACAGACUUCGAAGUUCCGCUUUCGUUUUGUAUUACGCCGCAUAUUUCCUAUCAACCUGACUCGGAAUUAGACGUUACUUCGUGGAAUCUACCUCCGAACACAGAACUUGCUGAUGACAACUUCUACAAAUCAAGGAAAAUCGACUUGCUCAUUGGUACUGAAACAUUCUUCGAUAUUUUGUCUGUUGGUCAAAUCAAGCUUGGUCCUAAUCUACCCAAACUACAAAAAACUUUGUUUGGUUGGAUUGUCACUGGGAAAUACAAUUCUUCAAGAGAAAACAACUUUGUGUCUUCGUAUUUGCUCUCAACCGAGGAAAAAAUCAACAUGAAUUUAGAACGUCUAUGGAAAAUUGAGGAAAUUGAUGCUGCCUCAACUCAAACUACACCAGAACAAUUAGAAUGUGAAAUAUUCUUCCAAACCACAGUGUCCCGAGAAUCUUCAGCCUCAGGAAUUGGAGCACGCUAUACUGGCAAUCGUUUGGCACAUUCAACAACAACACUUCAAAGAUGACAUUGUUCGAGCUGCAAAGAAGAAAGAUCCUCAAGGCCCGCUAAAGUGUCUCAACCCAUUUCUUGAUUCUUCAACAGGCAUAGAAAUUCUAAAGGUUGGAGGCCGUCUUGAAUUAGCAGACAUUCCUGAGGCUCAGAAACACCCUAUAAUACUGCCGAAAGACAACAAUUUUGUGAACUGCUACAUUCGCCAUCUUCACAUCAAAAACUAUCAUGCUGGUCCCAAAGCUUUGAUGUCAUUGACCCGAAUGCGCUUUUGGAUAAUCAACUUACGAAGUCUUUGUCGAAAUAUUGUCAACUCUUGCCCUCAAUGCAUUCGAUAUCGUCCAAAACUACUUCAGCAAAUGAUGUCCAAUUUGCCUGCAGAUCGACUGAACCCAUCAAGAGUUUUUGCAAGAUGUGCGGUUGACUUUUGUGGCCCUGUGAACACAUAUCUUCGGAUUAGAGGAAAGAUUCCCUACAAAACUUAUAUCGCUGUGUUUGUCUGUCUCGCAACAAAAGCCGUCCAUAUUGAAGCUGUUUCCGACUUGUCAACAGAUGCCUUUAUCGCAGCUCUCAAAAGGAUGAUUGGUCGAAGAGGUCUUCCAACAGACAUCUUCUGUGACAACGGCACCAAUUUUGUGGGAGCAAACAACAAACUGAGAGAGUUGAAAAACUUUCUCUUCGAUAACAAACACCAAAACAUAA